CGCCGCAGCGACAAGAUGGCGGCGGGAGGCAGCGGCGGGCGCUCGUCGUGCCCGCCGGGGGUCGGGCCGGGGGGCGCCCCGGGCCCCAGCGCCAACCACGCGGGGCCGGCCCCCGGGAACGCCGCCGCGGCCGCCGCUGCCUCGGCCGGGCCGCCCCCCAACGCCGCGGCCGGGCCGCCCCCCAACGCCGCAUCGGGCCCCGGGGCGGACGGCGCGCAGGCCGCGGGCGCCGAGCGCGAGGAGGCGGGCGCGCUGCUGCGGGAACCCGCCUACAACUGGCAGGCGUCGAAGCCCACGGUGCAGGAGCGCUUCGCCUUCCUCUUCAACAACGAGGUGCUGUGUGACGUGCACUUCCUCGUGGGCAAGGGGCUCGGCGCGCAGCGCGUCCCGGCGCACAGGUUUGUGCUGGCCGUGGGCAGUGCUGUCUUUGAUGCGAUGUUCAACGGGGGCAUGGCCACGACGUCCACGGAGAUCGAGCUGCCGGACGUGGAGCCCGCUGCCUUCCUGGCUCUGCUCAAGUUCCUGUACUCGGAUGAGGUGCAGAUCGGGCCUGAGACGGUGAUGACCACCCUGUACACGGCCAAGAAGUACGCCGUGCCGGCGCUUGAGGCCCACUGCGUGGAGUUCCUUAAGAAGAACCUGCGGGCGGACAACGCCUUCAUGCUGCUCACGCAGGCCCGCCUCUUCGACGAGCCGCAGCUGGCCAGCCUGUGCCUGGAGAGCAUCGACAAACACACGGCCGACGCCAUCGCCGCUGAGGGCUUCACCGACAUCGACCUGGACACGCUGGUGGCCGUGCUGGAGCGCGACACGCUGGGCAUCCGGGAGGUGCGGCUGUUCCAGGCCGUGGUGCGCUGGUCCGAGGCCGAGUGCCAGCGGCAGCAGCUGCCCCUGACGCCCGAGAACAAGCGCUCGGUGCUGGGCGCCGCGCUGGGCCUCGUCCGCUUCCCGCUCAUGACCAUCGAGGAGUUCGCGGCAGGCCCCGCGCAGUCCGGCAUCCUGGUGGACCGCGAGGUGGUCAGCCUCUUCCUGCACUUCACCGUGAACCCCAAGCCGCGCGUGGAGUUCAUCGACCGGCCGCGCUGCUGCCUGCGCGGGAAGGAGUGCAGCGUGAGCCGCUUCCAGCAGGUGGAGAGCCGCUGGGGCUACAGCGGCACGAGCGACCGCAUCAGGUUCUCGGUCAACAAGCGCAUCUUCGUGGUGGGCUUCGGGCUGUACGGCUCCAUCCACGGGCCCACCGACUACCAAGUCAACAUCCAGAUCAUCCACACCGACAGCAACACGGUCCUGGGCCAGAACGACACAGGCUUCAGCUGCGACGGCUCGGCCGGCACCUUCCGCGUCAUGUUCAAGGAGCCCGUGGAGGUGCUGCCCAGCGUCAACUACACGGCCUGCGCCACGCUCAAGGGCCCAGACUCGCACUACGGCACCAAGGGCCUGCGCAAGGUGACCCACGAGUCGCCCACCACGGGCGCCAAGACGUGUUUCACCUUCUGCUACGCGGCCGGCAACAACAACGGCACGUCCGUGGAGGACGGCCAGAUCCCCGAGGUCAUCUUCUACACCUAGGCCCCCCGCUCCCUGCCCGCCCGGGGCCGCGGUGGGGCGGCUGCCAGGUCAGAGUGCCCCGGGCGGGCAGCAGUGCCCUGGAUGAGGGCUCCCGCACUGUGUGGGGGGCCGUGGUUCCCUGGGGUUUGUCACCCCAAAGCCCCCCGAUGCCAGCUGCAGCCCAGGAUGUGCAGACGGGGUUGGGGCCCUG